AUGGAACUAACAUCUACUAGCAACAUCACCUUCCACGCCAGCGGCCUCACUCGUGCCGAGCGCACCGAGCUGCGCAAGCAGCAGGGUCUCACCAUCUGGUUGACCGGUCUCUCCGCCUCCGGCAAGUCCACCAUUGCCGUCGAGCUCGAGCACCAGCUCGUCCGUGACCGCGGUGUGCACGCCUACCGCCUGGACGGUGACAACAUUCGUUUCGGCCUGAACAAGAACCUGGGCUUCAGCGAGGCCGACCGCAACGAGAACAUCCGCCGCAUCGGUGAGGUCUCCAAGCUGUUCGCCGACUCCAACUCCAUCGCCAUCACCUCGUUCAUCUCCCCCUACCAGAAGGACCGUGACAGUGCCCGUCAAUUGCACGAGGUGCCCACCCCCGGUGAGGAGACCGGUCUUCCUUUCGUUGAGGUCUACAUCGACGUGCCCGUCGAGGUUGCCGAGCAGCGUGAUCCUAAGGGUCUCUACAAGAAGGCUCGCGAGGGUGUCAUCAAGGAGUUCACCGGUAUCUCUGCUCCCUACGAGGCUCCUGCCAACCCCGAGGUUCACAUCAAGAACGUGGACCUCCCCGUUGUCGAUGCUGUUAAGCAGAUCAUUGAGUACCUUGACUCCAAGGGCUACCUUCCUGCCAAGCAGUAA